CUGCGCAUGCGUAAACCCAGCCUCGCCGCCUGUUGUCCGGUUUCCCAGGCCUGAAAGAGACAAGGUGUCGGGGUUCUUAGGUCUGCGCGGGAGCCGAGGCUGCGCACCUGGGCUGAACCUCCACAGUUCUCUGCACUCUUCCAGGAGCAACAGAAAAUGAACAUGUCUCAGGCAUCAGUGUCAUUCCAGGACGUGGCUGUGGAAUUCACUCAGGAGGAGUGGCAGCGCCUGGGCCCUGUCGAGUGGACCCUCUACAGAGAUGUGAUGCUGGAGAACUACAGCCACCUCAUCUCAGUGGGAUAUUGCAUUACCAAACCCAAGGUGAUCUCCCAGUUGGAGCAAGGAGAAGAGCCAUGGUCCUUAGAAGAUGAAUUCCUGAAGCAGAGGUACCCAGGACAUUUUAAAGUUGAUAAUCACAUUGAAGGGAUCUGGGAAAAACAAGAAAAACCUCUGUGGAAAGAGAUAUUCAUUGAUGAUGCUGAUGAAACAUUGCAUAAAGAAGGACAGAAAGUUUUAGAAAAAACAUUUGAUCUGGAAAUAGCUCCAGAGUUUUUUGAAAAAAUACCCUGUAAAUGUGACUCACAUAGAAUGAAUUUGCCAGUUGCCUCUGAAGUAAUUAUAAGUGAAGGAAAAUAUUCAAGAAAGAAGGCUAAAUACAUAAAUGUAUAUGAGAAAUUGCAGCUUGAUAUUAAGUGUGAGAAAGCUCAUCCUGGAGAAGAAUCUUAUGAACAUGGUAAAAAUGUGAAAACUUGCAGUUAUAAGAAAGAUCAGCACUGGAAAUUUCAAAUGUUGGAGGGAUCUUUUGAAUGUGAUGGAUCUGGACAAGAUUUCUAUGAUAAGACAAUUUGUAUUACACCUGAGAAUUUUCCAACAGGAGAAGAGUCCUGUAAGGAUGAUGAAUUUAGAAAAAACUUUGAUAAAACCACUUUAUUUAACUACAUGAGAACUGACACAAGGGGAAAAUGCUCUGAUCUUAAUGAAUAUGGGACAUCCUGUGACAAAACCACCAUUGUUGAAUACAAUAAAAUUGACAUGGCUAUGACACACUAUGAAGGUAAUGAAAGGGGGAUUAAUUUCAGUAGGAGAUUACCCCUCACUCAAUCUCAGAGAACUAUUUCAGGACAGAGUGCUUUUGAAAGCAAUAAAUGUAAAGAAAAUUUUAGCCAGAAUUUGGCCCAGGUAGUACAUCAGAAAACACAAACUGGAGAUAAAUUUAGUGAAUAUAAUGAAUGUUCAAAUGCCCUCUACCAGAAAUUAGACUUAACAGAACAUCAGAGAAUUCACACAGGAGAGAAAUUCCACCUUUCUGAUGAACAUGGGAAAUGCAGAAAAUCCUUUUACCAGAAAGCACACCUCAUUAAGCAUCAGAGGACCCAUUCAGGAGAGAAACCUUACCAAUAUGAGGAAUUUGGGACAUCCUUUUCUUCAAGUUCACACUCUAUUCAGCAUCCUGGAACUUAUAUGGGAUUGAAACUUUAUGAAUGUAAUGAAUGUGGGAAAACUUUCUGUCAGAAUUCAAACCUCAGUAAACAUUUGAGAAUUCAUGUAAAAGAGAAACUUUGUGAUAACAACGGCUAUGGGAGAGCUUACAAGUCACCCCUCAUAGGACACCAGAAAACAGAUGCAGAGAUGAAACUCUGUGAUGGCAGUGAAUAUGGGAAGACAUCACAUCUCAAAGGACAUCAGAGAAUUCUCAUUGGGGAAAAACCCUAUGAAUGUAUUGAAUGUGGGAAAACUUACUCCAAGACAUCACAUCUCAGAGCACAUCAGAGAAUUCACACAGGUGAAAAACCCUAUGAAUGUGUUGAAUGUGAGAAAACUUUCUCUCACAAGACACACCUCAGUGUACAUCAGAGAGUUCAUAUAGGGGAGAAACCCUAUGAAUGUAAUGACUGUGGGAAAUCUUUUACCUAUAACUCAGCCCUGAGAGCACAUCAAAGAAUUCAUACAGGUGAGAAGCCCUAUGAAUGCAGUGACUGUGAAAAAACUUUUGCCCAUAAUUCAUCCCUCAGAGCACAUCAUAGAAUUCACACGGGGGAGAAACCUUAUGAAUGUCAUGAAUGUGGAAGGUCUUUUGCCCAUAUUUCUGUUCUCAAGGCACAUCAGAGAAUUCAUACAGGGGAGAAACCCUAUGAAUGUAAUGAAUGUGGGAGAUCUUUCACCUACAAUUCAGCCCUGAGGGCACAUCAGAGGAUUCACACAGGUAGAAAACCCUAUGAAUGUAAUGACUGUGAGAAAACUUUUGCCCAUAAUUCAGCCCUCAAAAUACAUCAGAGAAUUCACACAGGGGCAAAACCCUAUGAAUGUAAUGAAUGUGAGAAAACAUUUGCCCAUAAUUCAGCCCUUAGAGCACAUCAGAACAUCCACACAGGGGAGAAGCUCUAUGAAUGUAACGAAUGUGGGAAAACCUUUUUCCAGAAGACACGCCUCAGUACACAUCGGAGAAUUCACACCGGGGAGAAACCCUAUGAAUGUAGCAAGUGUGGGAAAACGUUCUCCCAGAAAUCAUACCUCAGUGGACAUGAGAGAAUUCACACAGGGGAAAAACCCUAUGAAUGUAACAUAUGUGGGAAAACUUUUGUGUAUAAGGCAGCCCUCAUAGUGCAUCAAAGAAUUCACACAGGGGAGAAACCCUAUGAAUGUAAUGAAUGUGGGAAAACUUUCUCCCAAAGAACACACCUCUGUGCACAUCAGAGAAUUCAUACUGGGGAAAAACCCUAUGAAUGUAAUGAAUGUGGGAAAACGUUUGCUGAUAAUUCAGCCCUCAGGGCACAUCAUAGAAUUCACACAGGGGAGAAACCCUAUGAAUGUAAUGAAUGUGGGAAGACCUUCUCCAAGACGUCGCAUCUCAGAGCACAUCUUAGAACUCGCUCAGGGGAGAAACCCUAUGAAUGUAGUGAAUGUGGCAAAACCUUCUCUGAGAAGUCGUAUGUUAGUGCACAUCAGAGAGUUCAUACAGGGGAGAAACCUUACGAAUGUAAUGUAUGUGGGAAGCCAUUUGCCCAUAAUUCAACCCUCAGAGUACAUCAAAGAAUUCACACAGGGGAGAAAUCCUAUGAAUGUCAUGACUGUGGGAAAAUGUUCUCCCAGAAAUCACACCUUUGUGCACACCAGAGAAUUCACACAGGGGAGAAGCCCUAUGAGUGUAAUGAAUGUGGGAAGGCUUUUGCCCAAAAUUCAACUCUCAGAGUACACCAGAGAAUUCACACAGGGGAGAAACCCUAUGAAUGUGGUGAAUGUGGGAAAACUUUUGUCCGUAAGGCAGCUCUUAGAGUACAUCACACCAGAAUGCAUACUAGAGAGAAAACCCUAGCAUGUAAUGAAUUUGGGAUGUCUUGAAGGAACUCAUACCUUACUACAGGCGUCCCCAAACUUUUUACACAUGGGGCCAGUUCACUGUC